UUAUAACCCGUUCCUAAGCCCGGCUUUUCCAACGCCUCCUGUUUCCCCUUUCAUCUUGUAUGUGGAAACCCUAAUGUCAAAAUCAUCUCUUUUCAUCGUCUAUGCUUGAAACCCUGAUGUCAAAGUCUCUCAGACAUGAAAACAUCUGAAUCCCUUCCGGUCGUCACGCCCCGUUAGUCCCUCUGACAAAGUUUCAGGUAAGGUUUCUUUCUUCUUCGUAUAAUGUUCAACUUAGGGUUUUGUCAGAUUUGUUCAUGUUUUGAUGUUAAACUUGAUGUUUAUCUUACCGUUAUCUUCCCCUUCAUCAAUUUUUAUUCAUGGAAAUCCCGCAUAUCGGUGGCCAUCUGGAUCCCUCCCGUCCGUCACGCACCGUCGGCAAAGUUUCAGAGCGCACAUUUCGACGACAUUCCUAUAUUUCGGAAGGAAACCUGAUCCAAAUAACAAAAACUGUUGGUACGAUAGAGGAGCGAAAACAUUUCAAGCGGACAAGUACGAAAAGAGUUUAAAUAAAAAGAGCUGUAUUGGUUCCUGCACUAGAAGGCCGAGAUAUUAUCGGGCGUGCAAAAACGGGAACUGGGAAGACAUUAGCCUUUGCAAUUCCUAUAAUUAAAAAACUCACUGAAGAGGAUGAAGACAACCAAAACAGUAUCGCAGGACGCCUUCCAAGAGUUUUAGUGCUUGCACCGACCCGAGAACCGGCAAAGCAAGUAGAAACAGAAAUCAAAGAGUCCGCCACGCACUGUUUGUGUCUAUGGCGCUGUCUCCUACACUUUACAGAAAAAUCAACUGUGACGCGGCAUUGAUAUAGUGGUUGGCGCUCCCGGAAGACUCAUUGACCUGGUCAACAGUAAUGUUCUUAAAUUAGGAGAAGUUAAGUUCUUGGUUCUUGAUGAGGCUGAUCAAAUGCUUGUGGUUGGUUUUGAGGAAGAUGUGUCACGAAUUCAAUAAUGAAUUUCAUCACUAUACCUUUUUUUUAAGAAAUUUUCCGUUCAAAAAAAAGUAUAGUGAUGAAAUUAAUUAUUAGUGAAGUGGAGUAAUAGGUCAAUAAAUGAUGUUUUUGUGACAAAUAACAUUGUAAAUACUUGGUUGAUUGAGGAUAUAUAGAUGGACAUUAUGAGUUAGAUAAAUGCCAAUAUCACACUGGCCAUUGGAAGAAAGAAAGUAGUUGAUUUGUUCUGCUGAUUAUAAAUUAAAUAUAUUUUAGAGGUCAUCUUCUUAUCUACGUAUAUGUAUUUUUUUACCCAUUUGGCUGCAUAUUCUUCAACUAAGGAUCAGAAAUCUUGACUCGAAGCUAAAUGGUAUACAUGUAAAUAGUUGAUAGAUCAAUAAUAUAUUGAUAAAUACGUGUGACUGAAUUCGUGGGUACGGUGUUGGUUAUGUUAAUAAAGCCUUUUUCACUUAUUAAACUAUCUUGUAUGGUUGGUGUGAGAGGAACUGCUAUAGCUAGAAACGCGUGGGUUGAAAUCGUGUGCGCUUUUAUCUAUUUCAAUGUAAGCAUGUUUUGGAGAUCUGUGCUUUGGAUCGUAUCAUUAAUAACUCUACCCGUAUGUGCUCUGGCUGCAUUACACCGCGAGAAACAGCUGCGAGCACAGCUAUAUGAGUUACGAGAUAGAUUGGACUCUCUUAUGUGGGAUAGAAAGGAACUUGACGAACACAUACGAGUUGCGAUUAAAGAGCAUGAAAUGAUGGAAAUGAUGUUAGGAGAACUUGAAGAUGAAUAUGAAGAAGCAAUGCAUAAGAUUAAAAUCUUGGAGACCAAGUUGCAAGAUCUCAAGGAUGAAAACCACUGCCUAAAGGAAGUUCAUGGCAAAUCAAAAUGGGACACGAUAAAACACAAUAAAGAAGAAAUAUCACCAUGGAUAUCAGAUCGAUAUAGGGUACUCACCGACACUCUACGCGCAAAGAUGCUUUUGAUGAUGUAAACAAAGGUAACUUUGGAAGCAUAUGAUUCUAUGAAAAACGAUAGUUGUUAAACCGCGUGUACACGCGGGUUUUAACCUAGUACAUACAUAUAUAUAGAAAGGGGUUCAUCCCCCACCUCCUAGAUCCAUCAUCUCCAAGCCCCUCCUAUGUGGCGCUGACAUGACGGCCCAUCCUCAUGGGGAUGAGCCUCCCCAUACCCACCGGUCUUCUUAAUUGAUAGCAAACUGUUUGGUUCUUGACUUCUUUCUACAUCACACCGUCUUAGUGCUGAUGUAUGAAUUAUUUAGUUUUGUUCUUAAUC